AUGCUAGCCCAUUCAAGUACACGUUUUUGGGGCUUUCAAGCCGUGCGGUGUAUUUCGGGUCCACCGCCGAAAUCAACGUAGUUUCCUCUCUUUUUGAGAAAAAAAAAAAAAUAAACUUCAGAAAGCUUCCAAAAUACGAUUUAGUGAUCGUUGGGGGCGGAAUUGUCGGUUGCGCAACGGCAAGACAAUUAUUAAUCGCAAAACCGAAUCUUCAAAUCGCUUUAAUCGAAAAAGAAUCGGAUUUGGGUAUCAUUUCAAGAAGAAAAUUGAUUAUUUUCAAGUUUAUAGCUUUCCACCAGAGUGGCCGCAAUAGUGGUGUGAUCCACGCCGGAAUUUAUUAUACUCCCGGAUCUCUUAAAGCGAAAUUAUGCGUUGCAGGUGAUAAUACUGUAUCUUUUGUUGAUCCUGUGUGUUUUUUUUAGGAUUGGAUCUUGCCUACAAGUUUUUCGACGAGUACAAGGUGCCCUAUAAAAAGACUGGGAAAUUAAUUGUGGCCAGGGAUAAAUUAGAAGUCGAGCGGCUUGAGGUUUUCGUUAAAAUUUUCAAUGGAAAAAAUAUUUUUAGGCUCUUUUUGAACGGGCAAAACUCAACGGUGUCCGUGACAUCAAAUUAAUUGGUCCCGAGGAGAUUCGCGCCGUUGAGCCAUAUUGUGUGGUAUGCGCCUUUAAAAAUAAAAAUAUUUUCAAGAAAUUUUUAAAGGGACAACGAGCGAUUUGGUCGCCACAUACAGGAAUAGUCGAUUGGGGAUAUGUUACGAAAAGAUUUGGGAAGGAUUUUGAAAAAAGGGGCGGAAAGGUUUGAGGUUCUUAUUAAAGGCGCAUAGAGUCUAAUUCAAUUAUUUUGAAACAUUUAUGGAUUUUUUUGACUCAAAAUAAUAGUUUUUCUGUUCAAAAAUUUUACGGGAAAAUCUCAUUUUUUUCACAAUUUUUUUCUUGAAAAAAAUCUCUUUCUUUUGUCAAAAAUUAAACUUUAACUUCACUGAAAGCUUUGAAAUCACUCAUUUUCGGUCUUUUUCCGAUGAUAUGAAAGUGAAAUUUGUGGUUUUGUCUGCCAUUAAAGGCGCAGACAGUUAAAAUUUGAUUUUCCUACCGUAAAAUGGAGAUUUUUCGAGUUUAGGUCCAUUUUUUUAAUGAAAAAUUGUUUAUUUCUGAAAUUUUUGCUAAAAAUCCCACUAUUACUGUUUCAGAUCUUCGUAAGAUGUCCCCUGACCGGAAUCAAAGACGGUAGUGAUUCAACUUAUCCUAUCCGGGUGCUCACUGGAGCUGCCAAUGUAGGUUUAUAGGCUGGUCAGGUUUUGAAUAUCAUUGGGAAAAUUGUUAGUGGCCACUUAAGAGGUUCCUCAAGGACACUGAAGUGACCACUAAAACCGCCUCUACGAACCCUUAGUGGUCACUAUAGUAGUUUUUAGUGUUCUAGUAGUACCAUUUAGGCUUCUAGAGAGGCCCUUAAUGUUCAGCCACUUAAGUGACCAUUCAUUCGACUGCUAUAGUGGCCACUGGAACUUCAAAACCCUAAAGAGGUCACUAAAAAUUGCCACAGAGAAGUGAUGGCUCAAGCUCCGCCCCUCAUGCCUUGAUAAACCAAUCAGAGAGCGAGCCAUCCACAAAGCCUUUCCGAAUGACGUCAUUUUCGCCUUGAAACUGUCUGCCUGUCUCUAAAGAACACUUAAGUGGUUUCUCAAGAAAUAAUUGAAGAGAACACUAAAGUGACCACUAAAACCGCCUCUACAGAAGCCUGCGUUUUAGUGGUCACUAUAGUAAUUUUUUGUGUUCUAGUCGUACCAUUUAGCCACUUGAGUGACCACUCUUUCGACUACAAUAGUGGCCACUAGAACUUAAAAACCCUAAAGUGGCCACUUCUCCAGUAGGAUAGGGAAUAUUUUAAUUCGAAAAUUCUGAAAUCAAAGUUAGCCACUUAAGUGGCCACUAAUCUGACUGCUUCCAAUACCAUAAUGACCACUAGAAAGUCAAAACCCUAAAGUGACCACUGAAAAUUUCCCCAGAGAAGUCAAGGCUCAAGCUCCGCUCCCUAAUGGCUCGAUAAACCAAUCAGAGAGCGAGCCAUCCACAGAGUAAUGACGUCAUUUAGGCCACGACUUGAAACUCUCUGUCUGUCUCUAAAGAACACUCAAGUGGUUUCUCAAGAAAUAAUUGAAGAGGACACUAAAGUGACCACUAAAACCGCCUGUACAGAAGCCUGCGUCUUAGUGGUCACUAUAGUAGUUUUUAGUGUUCUAGUCGUACCAUUUAGGCUUCCAGAGAGGCCCCUAAUGUUCAGCCACUUAAGUGACCACUCAUUCGACUGCUAUAGUGGCCACUGGAACUUCAAAACCCUAAAGCGGCCACUAAAAUGUCAAAAUCGGCACUCUUAACCUCUAAAACUUGAAAAAUCGGAGAUCAAAGUUCAGCCACUUAAGUGACCACUAAUCCGACUACUACAGUGGCCACUAGAACUUAAGAACCCUAAAGUGACCACUAAAAAUUUCCCCAAUAAUGUCAUGGCUGAAGCUCCGCCCCUAAUGACGCGAUAAACCAAUCACAGAGCGAGCCAUCCAGAGAGCAAUGACGUCAUUUUCUUAGAACUGUCUGCCAGUCUGCGUCUCUGAUCUCUCACCGGCGAGGUCAGAGAAACUUAAAAAUGAGAGGGUGCAGAGAAAAAAGGAGUAUACUUGAGAUUCAAAAUCUGAUCAGCCCAUUUUGAUUUCGAAGCCUUCCGAAAUGGCCCAAAUUUGCAAUUUCAGGCCGAAUUCGAGACGAAAAACCUGAUAACGUGCGCCGGACUGCAAUCGGACCGUGUGGCGGGCUUGUCCGGCGGGUCUCCGGACCCGAAAAUUGUCCCUUUCCGGGGCGAAUAUCUCCUUCUGAAGCCCGAUAAGAGAUACUUGGUCCAUACCAAUAUUUAUCCGGUUUGAGAUUUUUUUUUUCGGAUUUAAAAUUGGUAGUAAUAGAACUAUAAAAUGGGGAAAAAGGGGGGUUUUUUGAACUCGAUUCUGAACAAAAAUUGGAAUUUUUGUAUGAAUCAAGAGACAUUUUCUUGUAUUUUGGAACCAUUUUGAAGGAUUUUGAGCGAAUUUUAACAGUAAAAUUUUUUCAUUAAUUGGAGCUUAUAAGGAACAAAUAGUUGUACGUUUCAAUCCAUCUUCUUAUUAAAGUCAAAAAAGAAAUUGUCGUUAAAUUUAUCGGUCAGCGAAAUAUUAUCACGGGCUUUCAAAAUUUCCUGCAAUAAAUCGUUUUCCAGAAGAGAUUCCAUUCAUAUCCCCUUUUUGAUAGGUUCAUUCUGCGUUUGAUAAUUUUAAAAAUUUAAAAAAGCCUUGAAAAACAUUAUUUAACCCCAUUUUUCCAUCCAGUAAAUCCACUUGAAUCGGUCGCGCCCAGAUUGCAAUAAAGCCGCGCCGCCAUUGCAUUUAGCCACGCCCACCUCAGAAACUUCAGAGUGGUGCCUAUAAGGGCUUUGCCACCCCCUAUAGGGACCACUUAAGCUUGAAAAAGCGGUCCCUAUAGGGUUUCUAGUUAGUGGACCCUCUAGGGGACAUAUUAGUCGAGAAUAGAUAUGAAGAAGCGUUUCCAUGGGAAAAAAUGAAAUAAAUAAGCGUUUUUGAAUAAAAUGAGACCCCUAUAGGGUCCACUUGAGCUUUAGGGACUGAGGAGUCAGACCCCCAAACCCCUAUAGGGAUCACUUCUUCGGCUUCUAUAGAGCUUUUUCCCCCCUAUCCCCUUUAGGGACCACUCUGGGAUCCCUAAAACUGAGUUCAGUUCAAAAAAAAAGAGAUUUUUGAGGUACCGGACCCUCGGUUCCCGUUUCUGGGCGUCCAUUUCACGCCCCGAAUGAAUGGGGACAUUUGGCUUGGGCCAAACGCCGUUCUGGCCUACAAAAGAGAGGGAUAUUCCUAUUUUGAUGUGUCGCCCAAAGAUCUUUUCGAAUCGCUCAGCUAUUCGUGGGUUUUUUUUAGAGUUUCUAUGGAAUUUUGUUCCUAAUUUCAGGUGUUUUAAGGUGUAAAAAUGCUUAGAAAGUCAGAAAAACAUGAUUUUUCGGGAUUUUCGACCCGAAAUAGCUUCGGAUACAUUGUAAAAAACUAUUGGAGAACAAAGAAAAGAGAAUUUUUGGAAAGUAUGUCAUUUUUCGUUUUAAAACGUUCCAAAUGGCUUGGGAUACAUUGUAAAAAAUCUACCGAAAGUCGAAAAAAAGAGGAUUUUCUGAAUUUUUAUCAUUUCCCGUUUCAAAAAGUUUCCAAAUGGCUUUAGGUAUAUCAAAAAUAUGUUGAGAAAGCUUGUUUUUGGUCAAAAAAUGAUAUUUCUUGCGAAUUUUCGCCUUUUUUCGUUUCGAAACUGGCUGAAAUUGAAUUUUUUAAAGCUCAGUUUGGGUUCUGAUCGAAUUUUACUGAUCUUUUCUGGAAAAUACAGAUUUUCUGAAUGAAGUACUUGACUUUUUUUCUAGUUAAGAAUCGCUGGAAAAGUCAAAAAAAUCAAGUUUUGAACACGGAUUUUUUUGGCCAUUUUUUUGUUCCAAACUGUGGAAAAAAAGACUAAAAUUAAAAAUUUUUUUCACGGUCAGAUAGUCAAAUUCAAAAAGAAUAUUCAUAAAAAAAUCUGGAAUUUUUUUGGAAUUUUUUUCAGAAGAAAGCCUCUCAGGAGUUUGAAAAAAAGCUUGUUUUACACGAAAAAAAUCGAUUUUUUUAUCUCUAGGACUUGAAAAAAAUUGAAAUCUGAGCCGUAUUUAAUGACUUUUUUUCUUGUUGCUGGUGGAAAAAUACCUUUUUAGUUUUGGAUAGGGAAAAAUGGUCGUUUUUUUGAUCACUAAAAACUUGAAAAAAAUCAAUCUAAAUUCAUAUUUUUUUCGUUUUUUUCAUCAUGUAAAAAUACGCUUUUUUUUAGGUUAAGAUCAUAAAAAAAUCGAUAAAAAAAUCGCGUUUUUUUGAUCCCUUAAAGUUGAAAAAAAUCAAUCUGAAUUCUUGAUUUUUUUCCGUUUUUUUCAUAGUGUAAAAAUACGUUUUUGGGCUUAAAAAUUAUAAAAAAAUCGAAAAAAAUGGUCAUUGUUGACCUCUAAAAACUUGAAAAAAAUCAGUCUUAAGGAUUUUUUUCAGUGGUAUGAGAAAGUUGAUGGGUAAAUACUUUACGUUCGGGAUGAAUGAACUUUAUCGCGGCGUCUGGAUCAACGCCCAGGUCAAACAGCUCCAAAGGUUCAUCCCUGAGCUCAAACUCUCCGACGUUACGAGGUUGGGCCUUUUUAGGGGCUUGGGAUAGGGAAAACCGAAAAAAAUUGACUUUUUUGUCCCUUAAAACUUAAAAAAUCGAUCGUGACUUUGCCGGUUUUGAUAUAAAAACGGCUUUUUCGGGCUUACAUUAUAACUGCUUAAGUGGCCACUUAUCCUACUACUAUAGUGACCACUUGAACGCCAAGACUUUGAAAAUGUUUAGGCGCCACUUUAGGGUUUUUAAUUUUUUUUUUUUGGGUCGAGCCACUAAGGAAGAGGUAGUGGCUUCUGUAACUAGUUGAAGUCAGCCUUUUAGUGGCCACUUUAGUGUCCUUGACCUGCCUCUUAAGUGUCCACUAGAAAUUUACCCAGUAGCUAUCCAAAGAUCUUUAGUAGGAUAAAAAAAAAAUCGACAUUUUUGACCCAUGACUUGAAAAUUUGAAAUGUUCCAUGACUUUGCCGUUUCGGAAGGUAGAUAAAUACAUUUUAUUUUAAUUUUUAUCGAUCGGAAGUAGUGCUACUAAUGCCGUGUCCAAAGUUAUUUCCGUGAAAUUUUCUCUGACCCUCCAAAAUUUAGUUAUCUUUUUCUUUCUCUGACGGCGAUUUUGAAUCUUGUCAGUGGCCCGAGUAUUGCUAGCGAAGCUGAUUUUCAAGAGGCCACUCAAGUGUUUUUCGCCCAAAAUAAGAUUUAGGGACCACUUCAGAGUUUUCGUUCGUAAUUAACAAGUUGAAGUCAUUCCUCAAGUGACCAGGGGCCUAACUUCAUAAUAUUUUACUGGUCAGUAAGGGAAAACUUAAGGGGCCGAAUAUAGUUGAUUUUUAAGGGAUUUAAGAGUUUAGCGUUGUCGAAGUGACCACUCCAGGGUUUUUUCAUAAAUAACUAGUUUAAGUCUUCCCUCAAGUGACCACAUUCAUAAUACUGUACUGGUCAGUAAGUGACUGCUUGAGGGGCCGAGUAACGAUAUCAAAGCUGAUUUCCAAGAGACCAAGAGUUUUUUUUUCGGAGAUUGACCACUUCAGGGUUUCCUUCAUCUUUAACAAGUGGAACUCAUCCCUCAAGUGACCACUCUAGAGGCCACCUGUCAUAAUACUCUACUGAUCAGUAAGGAAAAGCUUGAGGGGAAGUGUAAUGAUUUCACAGAGGCCACUCAAGUGUUUUUCGCCCAAAAUGAGAUUGAGGGACCACUUCAGGGUGUUUUACAUAUGUAACGAGUUGAAGAAACCCUCGAGUGACCACUUAAGGGAACAAAAGUUUUUCAAGCUAUUUUUGUGAGAUUUUCCAUUUCAAGAGGUCCCUCUGGGGUCCGAGCCCAAGCCAUGGACUCCCAAGGUCAAUUGGUCGACGACUUCGUUUUCGACAGCGGAACUGGAAAGGUCAGAGUGACGUCAUCGAUCGAUAAUUUGAAAAAUUCGAAAUUUUCCAGUUGGCGCCAAGAAUCCUUCACGUGAGGAAUGCUCCAUCACCCGCGGCUACAAGCAGUCUCGCCAUUGCUCAAAUGAUCACUGAGGAGGCUGUCAAUCGAUUCAAACUCUAA